GGGAGUGCUGGGCGACCUACGGCCGCAGGGUGUCACCGACGCAGCGGAUCCUGCGAGAGACCCGGCCGGCGCCCGCCGCUUUUAAACCCGGAGGGCGAGACGGCGGCGGAUAGCUAAGCGCGCAGGGCGCCUGGGCGGCCGACGAAUGGAAAGAAAAAGCGCGGUGACCGAGGCUAAGGGGAACCCUUGUCCUCUCGCUGUGGGCGAGGGACUGCAACCGCCGCAGCCGUUGAACGUCCUAGGUGGCGGUGGCGGGGCCCCAGCGCCCGGCCAGGCUGGGGCGGUGGCCGAGCCCGCCGAGCUCAUCCGGCGCGCCCACGAGUUCAAGAGCCAAGGGACGCAGUGCUACAAGGACAAGAAAUUCCGCGAAGCCAUCGGCAAAUACCACCGCGCGUUGCUGGAACUGAAGGGACUGCCGCCGCCCCCUGGGGAUCAGGAACUAGACUCGUGUGCGGCCUCCCUGGCUGGGCCCCCCCAACCCGGCCGCCUCUCGGAGGAGCAGAGCAAGACGGUAGAAGCCAUAGAGAUCGACUGCUACAACAGCCUGGCAGCCUGCCUGCUCCAGGCUGAGCUGGUGAACUAUGAGCGAGUCAAAGAGUAUUGCCUCAAAGUCCUGAAGAAGGAAGGAGAAAACUUCAAGGCCCUUUAUCGGUCUGGUGUGGCCUUCUACCACCUUGGGGACUAUGACAAAGCACUCUAUUACCUGAAAGAAGCAAGGGCCCGACAGCCAACAGACACCAACGUGAUUCGGUAUAUCCAGCUGACAGAAAUGAAGCUGAGCAGAUGCUCCCAAAGAGAGAAAGAAGCCAUGUAA